UAUGCGUUGAGUUAUGAGAUAUUAACAGCUUCCAGCUCACAAGUUUUUUCCGUAUGUCCUAAUGAACAAGGUUCACAGCCUACAUUGAGUGAUGAAAUAUUACCAGUUUUUGGUUCACAAGUUCUUUCCGUACAUCCUAAUGAUAGUUUACAGCCCAUGUUAAGUGAUGAAAUAUUAUCAGUUUUUGAUUCACAAGUUUUUUUGUAUACCCUAUUGAACAAAGUUCACAGCUCAU